AUGGCUACGGAUGGCAUAUGUCAGCAGGCUGUGAAUCUGGUCGGGAAAUGGGUCGAAUCCGAGUUGGCAGAGAUCAACCCCGGCUCGUCAGAACCGAAAUCUGAACCGUUUGAUUUUGGUCAAUUUUGGAAGGGGGUGAGCUGGAGGUUUGUUGAGGAAAGGACAGCAGUUCAAGAUAAAAUGCUGCUGUACACCUGGUGCGCCACUCCCUUGGUGGAAAUCAUUAUGAGCUGGUGGCAGGGCGGCUAG